AGAGUGGUGAGACUGCCCCAGGGAUCUGAUUCAGAGUAACACGCAAUACCAGGGGAAGUCUAAAAAUGGCAUACCUGCUUAUGUUUGUGAUCUUGCUGCAUCUCAUCACACUGGCCAUGCUGUUCAUUGCAACCAUGGAGAAGUCCUGGUGGGUGUGGGAUGGGAUGGAGAACUCAGACCUAUGGUACAACUGUAGGUUUGACAACUCUACAGAAACCUGGUUGUGUGCAUCCUCCAAAGAAACUGAGUGGCUUCAGGCAGUUCAGGUCCUGAUGAUCAUCUCAGUGGUCUUCUCUUCAGUCUCCUUUUUGGUCUUCCUGGGUCAACUGUUCACCAUGUCUAAGGGUGGACUUUUCUACUUCACUGGGCUUUGUCAAGUCUUUGCAGGCCUGACAGCAUUUACUGCAGCUCUCAUCUACACAUUACACAAGAAGGAAAUCCUUCCGGACUCCAGAGACCUGACUACAGGGCACUUUGGCUACUGCUUCAUCCUAGCCUGGGUGUGUGUCCCUCUGUUGCUGUGUAGUGGGGUCAUAUAUCUCCAUCUGCGCAAGAAAAAAAAGUGACCUGAAAAAGGAAAAUGUCAACAAUAUUAGAAAAAGUAAAACUGGCCUGACCUCUUGUUAAUCAGAAAUGUAAUUUUGUAGGCGUUACAUCAGAUUUCUCACAAAUGCCUUUGUUAUGCUUUGUUACAUGUAAUUGUUGUACUGUAAAUACUGGAAAAUAUAUUGGACAUAUUUCAUAGAUGAAAUAAUGGAUUAUAUUUUAGAAGACAUUCAUUCUUCGACUUAUCAAUCCAAUAUAUGCUCAUUUUAUGUCUUAAAACAUUUUUACUCUACAUGGUUGUUGUCCACUGCUGUCCUGUGUUGACAAGAGUAGUAGAUACCAAAGCAACACUAUGUAUUUUUUUGUUAGUAUUGUAGUAUUGUUUAUCUAGAGAAGUGGAAAUAUAUAUUUUUUGUACCUAAAGCUUAUCUGUAGAAUCAAUUCAGUAGCUGCUUCUAAUAAAUAAAA